AAGCGUCCAAAGAUAAGAGAAAUAAUUAGCCUGUUAGCUCUUACACAGAUUUAUUCUUAUACGAUAUUUUUGGGAAUUUUGAAUGUGUGCUUCUUUUUCGGAUGAAAAAAACGAUGAGAACCAGCUCAUCUUCGCUGCCGCUUCACGUGCAUGUGAAUGAAAACACACCUGUACAUGUGCAUGUAAAGAAGGGCAUGAAGAACAGCCCUAUAAAGCCAGCACAGGUUAAGGCGAAAGGCUGCUUACGUCCCAUUGCUAAAGUUAAGACAAGAGUCCCAUGGAUUCCUCCGGGCAAAGCUUCAACUCGAGAAGCACUGUACAAGUGGGAGGGUCUGAACCAUCAUUCGGAGAUCAACCCCCUACCUGAACCAGACCCCUCACACUCUGUUCUCCGUCUGGAAGACCUCUCCACUGAUGAAGAGGAAGCUCUGCAGGGACGCAUCAACCAGUAUGAGAGGAAGAUCGAUAGCCUCAUGACUGAGGUCAGCUCACUGAAGAAUGAGGUGGAACUGCGUAAAAAGGAGCACCAGCUAGAGCGUCAGUCUGAGAAGCUCAGCGCAUCGCAGCGUGUCAUUGCCGAGCAGGAGGAGGAGCUGGCUGAGGUUGCAAAGGAGCUAGAAAUCACUGAGCGAGAGAACACACUCCUCCGGGAGUCCAUGGAGAAAAUACUGGAGGAAAACAACUAUAGCAGGUUGGACAGAGAGAACCUGCAGCAGGAGAAGGAUGUGUUGCUCAAGAAACUGCUGGAGGCCGAACUCGACAGCACUGCAGCUGCCAAGCAGGUCCUGGCGCUCCGAGACACUGUUAGCCGCAUGUCGAGGACUGAGAAACGGAUGACUGGCUCUGACGCUUCGCUGCUAACCCGGCAGAAGGAUCUCCUCCUGCAGAAGUUGGAAACUUUUGAGAGAACAAACCGUACGCUGCGCCGUCUCCUGAGAGAGCAGCAUGAACGUGAGAUGGACUCGCUUCAACUGCUGGAGCAGAAAGACUCUCUCCUGAAGAGGCUCACUGAAGCAGAAGCAGAAAACUCCCAUCUUCAGAUGACGCUUCAGGAUAAAGAGAAAGAAGUCUCUGACCUUGCCUGUCUUUUAGAGAACGAGAAGGAACAUGUGAAAACCACGAGUGAGCUGUCCAAGUCCCUGGAAUCGACCCGAGCUCAUCUGCAGGGUCAACUACGAAACAGGGAGGCAGAAAAUAACCGCCUUUCCGUCCAGAUUAAGAACCUGGAGCGAGCAGCUGGUCAGCAACAAGGAGAGCUUGAGCAUGUGCAGGCGCAGAUGCGAGAGCUGAGGAAGCGGGCUGAGGUGGAUAAAGAAGCACUGAAGAAAGCUACACGGGCACUGAAACAGAGAGCAGAGCGUAGUGAGGAUACUGCAGGACACCUCAAUGCUCAGCUGACUGAAAUGGAAGCCCGGCUGGCAGAUGCUGUUUCAACUGCGGAGAACUGGAGCAGUCGGCACUCAAAAGAACUGAAGGAGAAAGGCCAGCUGGAGCUGGAGCUCACACUGCUGAAUGGCCGGAUCACAGACAUGACGGAACAGUUGCAUGUGCUUGAGGAGAAAACCCGAGCAGAGAGAGAUGGACUUCUGGACCGGCUGCACAGUAUAACCACAGAGAGCACUACAGUCAGACUGGAGAACCAGAGCCUAAAGGCGACUUUGUCUGCACUGGAGGAGAAACUGUCUCUGUCCCGGUCUGAGGUGGAGCAGGUCAAAGCCUCAAUGAAGCAGUAUGAAAGCUUAGUGGACAGCUACAAGUUUCAGCUGCAGAAGACGCGUGCUGAGGCGGAUGAAUACAGUGUGCAUGCGCAGCAGGCAGAGCGAGAGGCACGGGCUCUGAGGGAGGAGCUGGAUCAGGAGUUGGAUCAUGCCCGGAAGCAGCUGAUGGGCCGUCUGAGCGAGCUGGAGCCAUUACCCGAUGCUUUGCGUCGCACUGAGCUCCAACUGCACGGGGCACAAGAGAAAGAACGUGCACAAGAGAAGAGGAAUGCUGAGCUCUCAAUGAGUCUUGCUGAGCUACGUGUUAAGAUGGAACAGCAGGGUGUUCAGAUGGAGAAGGUGCAGCAGAGGAACACGGUGCUAAUGGAGGAGAACAGCCAGCUCAAACACAAAUUGGAGUCCCUGGACAGAAAGUUGGAGGAAGCCAACGCUCGGAACGGAGAUCUUCUGCAAAUGAUAGCAAAGCGAGAGGAGACGAUCCUUAACAACCAAGUGCGUUUGGAGGAGAAGUCUCGCGAGUGGAACACUCUGAACCGGCAGCUAGAAGAGGCACGAGAGGAUGCCAGGCGACAGAUGUCCAAUACGAGGGAGCGAGCUGCGUCUAAAGAGCGAGCCUCUCAGUCCAGAGUGAUCGAGCUGGAGACCCAACUCAGCCGAAUGACUGCAGAGCUCAAUCAGCUGAGGCGAACCAAAGAGGAGGUCGAGAGAAGGCACCAGAGUCGUCUGCAGGACAUGAAGGACCGCCUGGAACAGUCGGACAGCACCAACCGCAGUCUGCAGAACUAUGUACAGUUCCUCAAAGCCUCAUAUGCUAGUGUGUUCGGGGACUCGACUCUCACCAGCACCUCACUCCGAGCUCACUCUGCCAUCUGACACCCUGUACACUUCAUACUGAGGCUGAGCUCUCCAUAUUGGAGCCCGAGAUAAGUGACAGUAUUCACUACUGGAUGCUGCAGCGGUGCUUACUGAGCAGAAGUAAAUGUUCCUCAUUUCUUCCUGAAUUAAAUGUCAGUCAUUGUUAAGAACCUCUGAUUUGUCUGGUUAUGAAAUUUUAUUAUAUCCACAUUCAGUGGAUAUGAGCAAUCACCCUCUCUGAUUGGCUACUCUACAAGGCUAUCGGCUCAUAUACCGUGAAUAGAGAAAAACAAAUUGGCGGAGCGUUUUGCUGAACCAACUGAGGACGAAAUAAAAACUCUACUCAAAAACAAAACCCCAAAAAAAAUAUUUAAAAAAAAGCAACAAAAUAUGGAAUGAAAGUAUUUGAUGGUAAGAACAUAUCUUUUUUUUUCUUCAAGAAUUAGUAUUAUUAUCGCAUUUUUCACAAAUUGCUACUGUCAUUUUGCCGGUUUGUUUACAUUCUAAGCGGGUAAUGAUUUUGUUGGACAUUUUGUAUGAAGUUUUUAUUUAUCGAAUUUCAAAUAAUAGAAAUACUCUGUUUCUCAAAAUCCAGUGAAUGUGGAUAUAACAAAACAGUUAUUCCACUCAAUCUCGUCGUACGUGGCUUAUAGCCGACUCAGCGCUAUGUGCCUCGUCGGCUAUCGACUCGUGUACGACUCGACUUUGUGGAAUAAUUGUUAUAUCAGAAUCAGAAGCACUUUUAUUGCCAGGUAUGUUACAAACACAAGGAAUUUGACUCCGGUUCGACUUAGCUUUCAUAGUACAGACAGAAAGAAAGUAUAGAAGAAGAAAAAAACACACACACACAGAGUCUCACUGCAGUGAACUCCAGAGGGAGAAUCGCGUUUCUACAGCGACGGCCUUGAAGGCAGUGCUGGCUGGGAGAGCCAAGAUAAGAUUGGAAUUUGUUUAGACUUAAAGUGCCAUUCCACCAUUGGAUGUAUUUUUUUUGGCAUAAAAUACAAUACGACCAAAGUCACCUACCCUUUUAAU